AUGGAUAAGAUCUCAAUCACCAUCUGUGGAGAUGGUGGAUGCGAGGAUUCUUAUUCAGUCACCCGCAACAUCGAUGGACUCCCCUAUAUCCUUUCCAUCACCGACACCGCCGGUCAGGAGGAGUAUCGUGGGUUGUGGCCUGCCUCUACCCUGAGUUCGGAUGCUUUCCUUCUGGUCUACGAUAUCACCAACCCCUCGAGCCUCGGAACGUUGGAUUAUUUUAUGGAUAUGAUCCAUUCGGAGACAGAACAACGCGUCGAGGACAACCAGCGGCUACAGAAGGAAGUGGGAAAGCAAGGGGAUUUUGGUCCGGUUGGCUUGCCACCACCCAUCAAGAUCGUUGUAGGCAACAAAUGUGAUCUCAAAAAUGGUCGGGUGGUGACAUCUCGCGACGGGCUCGAGUACGCGCGCAAACACGGUUGCGGAUUUAUGGAGACUAGCGCGCGUGAAACAGUCAACAUCGAGGAGACUUUUGCCCGUAUGCCGUGUCUGUCGAUAAAAGUGACGAGAAAGAAGGCUAAUCACUGCAUAGACAUCGUUCGCCGCGUUGUCGAAGCCCGACUCCAAAGCCAGAAUGGUGCUUCUCCCGCGUGCGCCGAGUCAGCAAAGCACACCGUACCAACCGUGGUAGAUGCAUUUGCAGACGAGACCCAGACUCGACGAAGUCGCGCAUGGGAGCUUAUCAAAUCUGUCAGGCAUCGGAACACAACGGAAAGACAGGGUCAGGAACAGACCGAACUCCCGAAGGUGGGACGUCAAAGACGGAAGAAAUGUCAAAAAUGCUGUCCGGGGGUCGGCCAAAUCUGGUGUCUCCACCGUUGUUAA